CUCCACAGAGUCAAUCGAUCUUCAAUUGAAACGUCCCUCUCUCAGACUUUAUUUCUCUAAAGUCCCCCUGCCUUUCGGCAAUUUACUCUUUUGGAAACUCUUCACUAUACUUUCUUUUUCUUCUUUUUUAUAAUCCUCUAUAAACCCCCGGCACAUAAUCUCUAAACAUGUCGUUCUGGAGAGAAACUUUCCUUAAUUUGCGUCAUGCCGUCCCGAAGACUGUCCCCGGAGAUCGCGCAUGUCGCGCCCAAUCGAAACGCUUUCUUACAUAUUCCUCACAGAGCCCUCGAGUGGCUGCCUCCAACCAGUACUCAUUGCACGCUAAGAUACCCGGGUUUACUGUGAGUCAACGGCGGUCACGGAACGGAUUGAACCCAGAAUGCCGAAGCUUUUCUGUCACCGCGGGUGUCCAGCAUGGCCACAUCACACCUCCGAAGCCUGGAGAAGAGCUCAACAUCUCUUUCAUUGACAAGGAUGGUGAGAAGUACGACUUCCAGGUAUCCGAGGGAGACAAUUUGUUGGAUAUUGCGCAGGCCAAUGACCUUGAGAUGGAAGGAGCUUGCGGCGGUUCAUGCGCCUGCUCGACAUGCCAUGUCAUCGUGGAGGACCCCGACGUGUUCGACAAGAUGGAAGAGCCAUCCGACGACGAGAACGAUAUGCUGGAUUUGGCAUUCGGACUGACAGAGACCUCUCGGCUGGGAUGUCAGGUUAUCAUGAGCAAGGAGCUUGACGGACUAGUUGUCCGUCUGCCCUCUAUGACCAGGAACUUGCAGGCGAGUGACUUUGAGCCAAAGAAAUGAAGCCCGCAGGGACAAUGUGCCCUGUUGUGAUGGUAUCUGUUUGGAGGAUUCAUACCGCGUUCAAGCGAUACGGUGAAUCAGCAUUAUAGGACGAAUUAGCAAAACGCCGGAGGCCACUGGUUGUAACGGUAUAUUGUACUAU